AGCUUCGUUCAGAUGUGGUGCCAAAAACUACAGAAAAUUUCCGUCAGCUGUGCACUGGAGAACAAGGUUUUGGAUUUAAGGGUUCUAUUUUUCACCGAGUCAUACCCAACUUUAUGUGCCAGGGUGGCGAUUUCACCAAUGGUAAUGGUACUGGUGGCAAGUCUAUAUAUGGCUCUAAAUUUAGCUUCAUAACAACUAUAGCAUGUCCUUGGUUAGAUGGUGCACAUGUUGUAUUUGGAAAAGUUGUAGAAGGAAUGGAUAUUGUAAAAAAAGUGGACUGGAUUUUGGAUCUGUUCAGGAACAAAGCUUCACAAGAUGGUGUUAAUAUUGAAGACUGUAUUGAGUUGAAGGAGUAA